AUGUCAUUCAAAAAUGAGAACACAUAUCGGAAACAACAACAAGAAAAUUUUGUCGGAGAGAGGGAUGUUUUAAUUGGAGCGGCAAACGAUAGCAAGAAAAAUGAUGAUCACGCCAGUAAAUCAUCUGUGUCAUCUGUGGUUGUUAAACCUCGAAAAAUUGCUUUAAAAGCUUGUAACAAUUGUCAAAAAAUUAAGAAAAAGUGUGAUGGAGAUUUUUUAACAAAUUCUUCAUGUUCUAAUUGUCUGUCUCAAAAUCAUAAAUGUAAUUACUCUCCAUCCGGAAGAAAAAACAAUAAAAAAUUAUUAUCAAGCAAUAUAAAUCCCAAUUUAGUCGAUAAGAUUUUAAACGAACGAAUUAAACCAAUGGAGAAUCAAUUAAAACAAGUCACCGACGCUUUUCUUAAUAAUACAACUACUGGUAGUUCUAUUAGCGAUAACAAAGAAUGCAGGCAACACGAAUUCGAAAUGCUAAUCUUUAAUCUAUUAAUUGAUUUCAAUACUUCGCACUCGCAAAUAACCAUUUUACGUCAAUUAUGGAGCAAAUUAAAUAAAUUCUCUGACACACUCUUGAUUCAUUUAAAAAUGCUUGGUAACAACGGCAGCAAUGAUGAAGAACAUUCUAAAAAAUAUAUAUGGACAAUACUUGAAGAUAUUGUUAAUAUAUUUGAAUCAAUUGAAAGCAAUAACAACGCAAAUUACAUACAUGCUUUAAAUAGUAAUGGUAAUAACAGUUUAGAUAACAUUAUAUAUAAUUUAACUUUGUUACCUUCCGCUUCUACAUCUCCACCUUUCACCUAUCCUCCAACUCCUUCAAUUGAUCAACAAAAAUUUGACUUUCUUUUAGACUUCCCACUAGAAAAUAUUGACGGCACCUCUAAUAAUAACACUUUAGAUGCUUUUGAAUCAUCAACUACUGCCACUCCUACUACAACCACUGCCGCAAUUGCAGUCACUGAUGUUGGUGAUGCUGGUGACGCUACAAACAUUGACUCCAACUUACAACUAAGUCAAAACUCUUUGAAAAGUAAAAAAAGAUUGCCUAAUCAAAGUCAGCAACAUAUUCCCGGUCGUUUUGUGAUGAGACUUUCCCAUGACCCAAAUAAACAUACAUUUCAUCGAGAUGAUCCUCAAUCGGAAUUGGGGUUUUCAUUUCUUUCGGGAUCUUGGUCUCCAAAUUUCUCAUUGCAAACAACACCAAUAUCGCCACAAAUUGCUAUUACGACACCAUCACAUGACCAAAUAAGUGAUUUAUUAAACAGUUUUAAUAAUAUUCCUGCAUCUAAUUCGUCAACAUCAUCACCAAUAAUAUCAAUCCCAAUACAAGCUACUACGCCUAAUUGCGACAAUAUUAAUAAUGAUAAUGGUGACAAUAUCGACGAUGAUUCAGACCAUUUAAAUUUUGAAACAAAUUUUUAUUUCUAA